GCAAGUAAAAAACCCAACACAAACGAGUCUGUCGUCGUCAAAUUGCGAGUUCUGGACAAUUUCUGUAAAUCCUGGAAGAAAUAGAGGGUAAUGUCGUAAACCGAACAAAGAAGCGCCUUUGUUUCUUCGUCCGCCCGCCUGAAACAGCCGUUACAGCGUCAAUGGAGUCGUAGGGAUCAGAACAGGAAAACGGAGGGUUGAAGAAGCAGAAAGAGGGUAGAACCGGGGAGGAAGAGAAUUUUCUUCGAACUCCCUCUCAAAUCCUUGGACGACUUCUGAAAUUUCUACCUUUUUGGCGGGGUACGUUUCUCUUUAUCUCUCUAACUGUGAGCUCCUUGUAGGCCAUGAUUACAGAGACCGAUCUCUCCAAUGGUUUUGUUCACGGAACAGAGAACUCUCUGAGCAGACUGAAACAACACGUCUCCGUGCAAAACCUCGAGACCCCAGAUGGGAAAAUCGGUUUUUCUGAAAAGGGUUCCGAUUUUCUGCGAGGUUCGGAGAUUGGUCGUAAUGGGUUUCCGUUAAAACCGUCGAGAAAUGGAAAUUUAGGUGCUCAGGAGCUGACUCUGAGCUACCUGUGCGAUAAUUCUAAAAUGGAUUUUCAGGACAAAGAUAUUUCUGGGAAGAAUUUGUUGAGUUCUUUGGAGAAAGGGAGAUAUAAGGGAAAGGAAGUGGUUCCGGAGAACCAGAAUGAAGAGGAGAGAUGGGUAGAGAGGGAUUUUCUGCAGUUGACCGGUGCUAGGGGAGCAGGGUCGAGGCGAGAGUUCGAGGAAGAGGAAAUCGACAGAGACAAGAGGGAAAAGAAACCAAAGAUUGAGACCCUUAAUCUCUCUCUAGCUUUGCCGGAUGUCUCACUAUSCCUCAACACUUCGAACCCAGCUCCGAAAGCUGACCCUCCUGUUCAUCUGAAGUCGGUGAGGAGCACUCAUUCAUUGGCGCCGUCAUGCUCCGAUGACUAUACGGCGGCAUCACGUUCGUACUCUUACUCCCUCCCCUUCUCUCACAAUCCCAGCUGCUCACUCACGCGAAACUCGACCGAGAAUUAUGAGUACUCGAUGGGAAGCCACCGAAGAGAGACUGAUCAGUUUUGGAAUUGUGGGGAGGGGACUAAUGGCUCAGUUCACAGUCGGUUCAGGCCAGUCGGCGACGGAGUUGGUCUGUCGAACCAUGGUGGUGGUUUCAGCCACCCCUUGAUGCAGGGAGGCCGCCCGAUCAAUAAGGACUCUUGCAACAGUCUUUACAGAACUACAAGCUCCGAUAACCAUUCGUUCUUCCCGUCUGAACUACCUGCGAGGCCAAGAAAGGAUACUUUAUCAGCCAACUCGAGAGGAAGAGCUUCUGAGCAACAAAUAGGUUUGGAGAACUCAGACGGAGGGAGAGCACGUAAAUUGACAAGCCCCGAGAGGAUUCUACGAGAAAUUGUUUAUGAGUCUAUUCCUAUAAUGGCUCAAAUACUUCACGAGCUUCCUGAUGAAACAAUUGAAUCGACCAAAGAGUGUCUGAAGGGUCUAAUUGAGGCGCCUGAAAAGAGAGAGGAGUUGGCCAUCUUACAGACUCAGCUCGAGAAGAGAUCAGAUCUUACUUUUGAGACACUUUCGAAGUCAAACAAGGCGCAGUUGGACAUCUUGGUUACAGUAAAAACAGGUCUUGUGAACUACUUAUCGGGAAAGAACCGGCUACCAACAGCUGAGCUGGUGGAGAUCUUCUUGUUUAUGAGAUGCCGGAAUCCGAACUGCAAGAGUUUGUUGCCUGUCGAUGACUGUGACUGCAAGAUAUGUUCGACAAAGAAGGGAUUUUGUAGUAGUUGCAUGUGUCCUGUCUGUUUGAAAUUCGAUUGUGCCAACAACACUUGUAGUUGGGUUGGCUGUGAUGUCUGCUCUCACUGGUGCCAUGCUAUCUGUGGCCUCCAGAAGAAUCUCAUUAAGCCUGGACCCAGCUUGAAAGGGCCCAAGGGAUCGACCGAGAUGCAAUUCCAUUGCGUUGCUUGUGGUCAUGCUUCUGAGAUGUUUGGAUUCAUUAAGGAUGUGUUUAUGCAUUGUGCAAAGGAUUGGGGACUAGAUACCCUGAUAAAGGAGCUCGAGUGUGUCAGGAAUAUCUUCAGAGGAAGUGAAGAUGUCAAGGGAAAGGAACUACAAACUAUGGCCAUGGAAAUGCUCUCAAAGCUUGAGAAUAAAAUCAUUGUUCCUUCAGAUGCCUGUGACUUGAUGCUUCAGUUCUUCCAAUAUGGCAGCAUAUCAGAGAUUCCUGCGUCGAAAGGUUCUUCCCAAGAAUUGAUGGCAUCUCAGUUAUGUCAGAGUGAUGUUGUCUCUCUUCCACCUCCAACUUCACUCUCCGCAAAGCCUACAACUUACAAUAGUAGCUCCUCAAUCAUAGGAAGAGAUUUGCAGCCACGCGAUGUUCAUUGUAACGGCCUUAAGAGCAAUGUCACUGUUGAAAAUGAGUUGCGGUCUGGGAUGUCAUUGAAGGAUGGCUUUGACAGCUUGGAAGGCAUUGUUCGGAUCAAGGAAAUGGAAGCCAGAAUGUUCCAGAGCAAAGCAGAUGAAGCACGGAGAGAAGCAGAAGAGUAUCGACGAAUAAUCCAGGCAAAAACUGAGAAGUUGGAAGAAGAGUACACAAACAAGCUCUCGAAACUGUGCUUGAAGGAGACAGAGGAGAGGCGGAGGAAGAAGCUUGAGGAGCUCAAGCUCUUGGAGAACUCACACUGUGACUACUACAAGCUGAAGGUCAGAAUGCAAGCUGAGAUUGCAGGCUUGUUGGAGAGAAUGGAGAAAACAAAACAGAUGUGGGUGUAAACCUUGUAGGUAACCAUGGUGAUGUCUAAUGCGUAUGUUUCAUGCUUGCAGUGUUGGGUGUAUCUAGAUUUUGGAUAAUUUCUUUAAUUUGUGAAAAAGGAAAAUUGUAAUUUGUUUUAAAAGUUUUAUGAUGACCCAUUGGAGCAUUUUUUU